AUGUGCGGGAGUGGUGUUCAGCCCAACGUGGUCGUGUACAGCUGCUUGCUUCGUGGGUACUGCAGGUCUGGCAGGUGGCGGGAUGUAGGCAAGGUGUUUGAAGAAAUGUCCCGCCGGGGGAUCGAACCGGAUGUGAUCAUGUUCACUGGUUUAAUCGAUGACUUGUGUAAAGAGGGAAGGACGGGUAAGGCUGCAAAGGUGAAGGACAUGAUGGUGCAGCGGGGGCUGGAGCCAAAUGUAGUGACAUACAAUGUGCUCAUCAAUUCCCUGUGCAAGGAAGGAUCGGUAAGGGAGGCGCUUGCAUUGAGGAAGGAGAUGGAUGACAAGGGUGUGGCACCGGAUGUUGUGACAUACAAUACCCUGAUCGCAGGGCUUUCUGGUGUGCUUGAGAUGGAUGAGGCAAUGGGUUUGCUUGAGGAGAUGAAUCAAGGAGAUACUGUAGUUGAGCCUGAUGUGGUGACUUUCAACUCAAUUAUACAUGGACUAUGUAAGAUCGGUCGGAUGAGACAAGCAGUCAAAGUUCGUGAGAUGAUGGCCGAGAGGGGGUGUAUGUGUAACUUGGUGACUUUCAAUUAUCUGAUUGGUGGAUUCCUUAGGGUUCACAAGGUUAAGAUGGCUAUGAACUUAAUGGAUGAGCUGGCUAGUUCUGGAUUGGAACCUGAUUCAUUCACCUAUAGCAUAUUGAUAAAUGGCUUCAGCAAGAUGUGGGAAGUUGACCGUGCGGAAAUGUUCUUGCGUACAAUGAGGCAACAUGGGAUAAAAGCCGAGCUAUUUCACUAUAUUCCUUUGCUUGCAGCUAUGUGUCAACAGGGAACGAUGGAGCAAGCUAUGGUUCUGUUCAAUGAAAUGGAUAAGAAGUACGGGCUCGAUGCUGUCGCAUAUAGCACAAUGAUCCAUGGCGCUUGCAAAUCAGGGGAUACGAAAUUGGUUAAACAGUUGAUGAAGGAUAUGCUUGUUGAGGGUCUGGCUCCUGAUGCCGUGACAUAUUCAAUGCUAAUCAACAUGUAUGCAAAAUUAGGAGACCUAGAAGAAGCUGAGAGGGUGCUUAAACAGAUGACUGCAAGUGGCUUUGUGCCUGAUGUUGCUGUAUUUGAUUCACUGAUCAAAGGCUAUAGUGCUGAAGGCCAGAUAAACAAGGUUCUGAAAUUGAUACAUGAAAUGAGAGCCAAGAAUGUAGCUCUUGAUCCAAAAAUUAUCUCGACCAUUAUCCGCCUUCCUGAACAGACGCCGCUGCUCUGGUCUGCCACCACCGCCUCGGUCCCUCACAGCCAUGGGCCAUCAAUAUUGCAAUCAGCUCCACCAUCCCUCACUCCCGUCCACCACUAUCAUGUAGCCUUGACCAGUCGUGCCCUGGUCCCACUUCAACGAAAAACAACCAGCAACUGGUAUAAGCUGCAGUUUUUGAGGAAAGGUAAAAGCUACAGUUCCAUACUUCCAUGCAAUCUUCACAAAGGCUUUAAGUGUCUUGAGAUCAACAGUGGUCACAUCUACAUAUCUCGUGAUGUUGUCUUCGAUGAAGAUGUUUUUCCAUUUGCCAAGCUGCAUCCUAAUGCAGUAGCUCUUCUACGAUCUCAAAUUCUCCUUCUUCCAUCUGAUAUGGUCACCACUGAGGAACAACAUUUAGAUCAAUUUACUGAUAGUCCUGAUCCUGAUAAUUCUAACAGUGCAAAAAUUGGAGAAUUUGGUGCUUCUUUGUUGCAGGAAAUAGAUGGUGCAGUCUCUGUGCUGGCUCACGCUGGACCUGAAGGCUAUCUCCCUGGACCUACAGAUGUUGCUAGUGGUGCUGAACCAGCAGCCACCACGUCAUCCUUCCAGCACCUUGACAUAGAGGUGCCGAGCCCCUCAGAAGCCACCACAUCGCCAAGGGGGCUACAUCAUGCCAGCAUCAUAGGUGAUGUCGUUAGUGGCGCUGAACCAGCGACGUCACUAGUUCAGGAGAACCUCAAAAUCUAG